UGUACAUCCCAACCUGGCAACUUGCGUGUUGUUCAGGGGGAGGCGCUUGUCCGCAGUAGUUUCUGGAAGGAACCUCAUGCUUGCACCAUGGAGAAAGUUUCAGCAUUGAAAGACCAAGGCAACAAGGCACUGAGUGCAGGAAAUAUUGAUGAGGCUGUACGAUGCUACACCGAAGCUUUGACUCUUGACCCCUCAAACCAUGUCCUGUUCAGUAACCGCUCUGCUGCCUACGCUAAGAAAGGCAACUAUGAGAGUGCUCUCAAGGAUGCCUGUGAGACCAUCAAGAUCAAGCCUAACUGGGGAAAGGGUUACUCCCGUAAAGCUGCAGCAUUGGAAUUCCUUGGCAAAUUGGAGGAUGCUAAAGGAACUUACCAGGAAGGCCUCAGGCAAGAGCCUGCUAAUCAGCAGCUAAAAGAGGGUUUGCAGAACAUUGAGGCCCGGCUUGCUGAGAAGUCAAUGAUGAACCCCUUUGCCAUGCCCAACUUGUAUCAGAAGCUGGAGAAUGAUUCUCGGACCCGGGAGCUACUGUCAGAUUCCAGCUACAGAGAACUGCUGGAGCAGCUCAGGAACAAACCGUCGGAGCUUGGCACGAAGCUGCAGGAUCCCAGAGUGAUGACCACUCUCUCUGUGCUGCUGGGGCUGAACCUCUCUGAGAUGGAGGAAGAAGAGGGGCCUACUCCCCCUCCUCCCCCCAAACCCAAAGAGACCCAGCCGCCUCCUCCUAAAGAGGAAGACCUUCCCGAAAACAAGAGAAAGGCCUUGAAAGAAAAGGAACUUGGGAAUGACGCAUAUAAGAAUAAGAACUUUGAUGCAGCGCUGAAGCAUUACGAAGAAGCAAUCAAACAUGACCCCACCAACAUGACCUACAUAUCUAAUCAAGCAGCUGUGUACUUUGAGAUGGGAGAUUUCGAGAAGUGCCGAGAGCUGUGUGAGAAGGCCAUCGAUGUUGGCAGAGAGAACCGGGAAGACUACAGACAAAUCGCUAAGGCCUUGGCUAGGAUUGGAAACUCGUACUUCAAGCAGGAGAAAUAUAAAGAAGCUAUUCAGUAUUUGAACAAGAGUUUGUCGGAGCAUCGCACACCCGACGUCCUGAAGAGGUGUCAACAGGCAGAGAAGAUAUUGAAAGAGCAGGAGAAACUAGCAUACAUCAACCCCGACUUAGCCCUGGAAGCGAAAACCAAGGGCAACGACGCCUUCCAGAAAGGCGACUAUCCCUUAGCCAUGAAACAUUACUCGGAGGCCAUCAAGAGAAACCCCAAGGAUGCCAAACUUUUCAGUAACAGAGCCGCCUGCUACACAAAGCUGUUGGAGUUUCAACUUGCCCUAAAGGAUUGUGAAGAGUGCAUCCGACUGGAGCCCUCCUUCAUAAAAGGCUACACACGCAAAGGAGCUGCUUUGGAGGCCAUGAAAGACUUCACUAAAGCUGUGGAUGUGUACCAGAAGGCACUGGAGCUGGACUCCUCCUCAAAGGAAGCCACAGAAGGCAUUCAGCGCUGUAUGGUCAGUCAGAACACGAGGAACGACACUCCGGAGGAAGUGAAGCAGAGGGCCAUGUCUGACCCUGAGGUGCAGCAGAUCAUGAGUGACCCAGCCAUGCGCAUGAUCCUGGAGCAGAUGCAGAAGGACCCUCAGGCGCUCAGCGACCACUUGAAGAAUCCAGUCAUUGCCCAGAAGAUCCAGAAACUUAUUGAUAUUGGACUGAUAGCCAUUCGCUGAUGAGAACCAAGAGACCAAGACAACAGUGGAAAAACGUGAAAAUCCCUUUGAUUAUUACAGCCUCCUUUUUGCCUUCAAAUUCAAAAUAAUAUUAUUGUCAGUCUCCCUGAGACUUGAUGUGUAUGUUUCUUUAUUUUUUAAAAUCAGUUUCAUAACUUUUUCAUUGUAUUUGAGAAAGCGUCUUGUAUGUUCUCCUGGAAAACUUCAGGACUCCAUAAAAAAAAAUCUUAAAACAAUUGCAUUAAUGUGUACAGAUGCUGAAACCGCACAGUUUUAGUGCACUAACACAUGCCGUGUUUGAAGGGGAAAUCCACCCUGAUUCAGAUAACAUGUUCCUAUUGGUUUAAGGAAAGAAAAAAAUAAAGACUAAUGUAGAUCACAACUGAACAACAUUGGUCAUUUGAACGAACUAUUUUGGUCCUUUUUUUAUUGUUUAGCUUUUCUGUUUUGGGCCCAAGUGACGAUGGUAUUUGUUUACAGCCAAUAUCGGGCGUGUUGAAUUUGCUGGUAAGAGUAUGGAUUUAAUCAAAUGGUAAAGUUACUUGAUACCAUAAGGGAAGGGGGUAUUUUGCUAAAGGGGUUUAAAAUGUCAGACAGCAAAUCGAGGCACCCAAGUUAUUGUUUUGAAAUCUGCUAUACUACUAAUCUAGAAUAAACGUAAACUUUAGUGCAAUGCUGUGGCGUGUGUUUACGUGACGCAACGGUCCUCCCACAGUGUUCUGAUCUGGCGAUCACGUUGAAACUUUCCAUUGUAUUUACUGAAGUCCAAGUGAAUGUUUUUGACAGGCUUGAGAUCUUGGACUCCUCACUCCAAAAGUAGAAAGUAGAGUUCUGCUGUGCAAUAUGUGACUACGUCCCUGGCUGGAGUAUUUCCACCACGUGUGAAAAAACCGACAUUUUAGGGUGGAUUUUUCCUUUCUAAACCAGCAGUUAGUGGUUGAGAUAUUGGGGUUCCAAUUAUUUCACUUUAUGAUGUGUCUUUAUUAUUUUUUUGACUUGUCUUUGAGUACUAAAGCCCUGCUAUUAGCUGUCACUACUUUGUGUUAAUUUUGCCCCGUGACAGUGGCGCCGUGGCGGUUUAGUUUCUGUUUUUGGAAAGGAAAUCCACAUGUGUGUUAAUAUAGCUGAGCGACAUGGCUCCGGAUACCUUCAAAUAAACAUGUUGUCAAAUAGCCACAUUAGAUUUGCUGCAUCUGGUUUUCCCUCUAACUUCAGACAACCGAAAUUGGGUUAUGAGACAAGUUUGUAAUUAUCAACCACACGCAGUAGAUGUGGAAGAAACUUUCUCAAACGGUUUAAUGGCAAUCAAUUGUACAACAUCUGAAUGUAUUUUUCAAAGGUCAGCUUUGUCUUUUUCCUUCAAAGACCAAACCAUGUUAAUUGACUUAAUACAGUGGUAGAGCUACAUUUAAUGGUAAGGUCUUAUUCCAUGUGAUUCAAACCUUACAUUAAAAGCCAAUAAAAAGUGAAAUGAGA